AUGCUACGUCACCGAAGGCACGAAUCUAUUAAGAUUAGAGUGAUGCAUCCAGCUGCCGGCCUACAAGGAGUUAAAGAAGUAACACUGCCGCAAGGUGACUCGAGAAGAAGAGUUUCGAGCGGAGGUCGUCGCAGACUUGAAGAAGCAGUACGCAGACGUCUUCAAGUGCGGACUGGAAAAAUGCACGAAGAGCAAAACAAAGCUAAUCUUGAAGGAGCAACCAGUUCCAGUCUUCAAGAAAAAGUGACCAGUUUCAUACCAUUAUAUUUCUGCCUCCAGUUCCAACCGCACAGGAACUGGAGGCAGAAAUCGAUCGGUUGGUUGCGGAAGGAUGAUUUCUGCAGUAGAACACUCAGAAUGGGCUGCGCCAGUAAUAGUCGUCAAGAAGAAAAACGGAAAGAUUUGUUUAUGUGCGGACUUCUCGACAGGACUAAACGAUGCAUUGCAGCUGCAUCAGCACCAGUUGCCCACUGCUGA